AUGGAUGGCAGUGGUGACCCCCAACUCUGCUUCCCUGACUUCAAUUCCUCCUGCAGGCGUCUGCCGCUCCCUCACUCUGAGUCUGCACUCCUCUACACCCUGCUGGCCUUCAUCUCUCUGCUCACUGUCACGCUCAACCUGCUCGUCAUCAUCUCCAUCUCCCACUUCCAGCAGCUCCACACUCCGACCAACACCCUGCUCCUGUCUCUAGCCGUGUCCGACCUGGUGGUGGGGCUGCUAGUGAUGCCUAUUGAAGGUCUGCGCUACAUAGAGAGGUGCUGGCUGCUGGGGAGGCUGAUGUGUGCUCUGACUCCAUAUGUCGGUUAUUGUAUGCUCUCUGCCUCUUUGGGCCACAUGGUGCUCAUAUCCAUAGACCGAUAUCUAGCUAUCUGUGACCCACUGCUCUAUUCCACUAAAGUCACCCUGAACAGAGUUAAACUCUGUAUCUGUCUGUGUUGGGCUUGUUCAAUUAUCUACAAUGGACUGAUACUAAUGGGACACAUAGGGCAGCCAGACAGGUUUAACUCCUGCCAUGGAGAGUGUGUGGUGGUCAUCAGCCAAAUCUCAGGAACUAUUGACCUCUUUGUUGCAUUUUUGGGGCCCUGUGCUAUCAUAGCUGUGUUGUAUAUGAGGGUGUUUGUAGUGGCUGUUACUCAGAUGCGUGUCAUUUACUCACAGACUGCUGCCACCAAGACGAGAGCAGCUCUGACUGUUAAAAGAUCAGAGAGGAAAGCAGCCAGGACUCUUGGUAUUUUGAUAGUUGUGUUUCUGAUGUGUUUCUGCCCGUAUUACUACCCUGCUCUGGCAGGUCAAGACACCUCCACUAGCUUGUCAUACUUGGGUGUGUUGUCAUGGCUGAUGUUGAUGAACUCCAGUGUGAACCCCCUGAUCUACGCUCUGUUCUACUCCUGGUUUAGAAAAGCUAUCAAACUCAUCAUAACAUUCAGAAUACUGCAGUCUCGCUCCCAGGAGGUCAACAUCCUGUAG